UAGAUGUGGCCAAACACCUGGGCAACCUGGCCUUCAACAUCUGGAACAAGAUGAAGGACGUGGUCUCCUACACUCCUGUGAUUCUGGAUCCAAACACUGCUCAUCCAGAACUCAUCCUGUCGGAAGAUCUGACCAGUGUGAGACGUGGACAGAGACAGAAGCUUCCUGAAAACCCAGAGAGGUUUGACACCUUCACAUCUGUCCUGGGCUCUGAGGGCUUUGACUCAGGGACUCACGGCUGGGAAGUUGAAGUAGGAGACAGUACAGGCUGGUUUCUGGGUGUGGCAGCAGAGUCUGUACAGAGGAAAGGGAAAAUUCAGUCUAAAAUAUGGAGAAUAGGAUUAUUUAAUGGUAAAUACAAAGCCUGCUCCCCAUCAGGCCGAUCAGUUUUUCUCUCAGUGCAAACCAAACUUCAGCAGGUCAAAGUUAAUUUGGACCAGGACAAAAGAAAACUGUCCUUCUUUGAUCUCGACACAGACACACACAUACACACCUUCAGAAACAUCAGCACUAAGAAGCUGUUUCCAUACAUUAGCAACAGACAUGAAUCCCCGAUUGAGAUUUUACCAGAGGUUGAUGAAGAUGAGGAUGAGAAUGAAGAUGAUGAGGAUGAGAACAAGAAUAAGGCUGAGGAUAAUGAUGAGGAUGAUGAUAAUGAUGAGGAUGAUGAUGAGGACAAUGAUAAGGAU